CCCCUGCUUUACUCAUUCCUAUGGGAUAAUGUUUUCUUCACUGCCCUUCUUCCGACAUCGAUUUCUACUCAUUUAAAAGUUCAAAUUAUAUUUGCUUUAAAGGUGAUGUAGUAUAAUUUGUUUUAUUGCUUUAUUAGAUUGUCUGAAAACACCGAAUUUUAUAAUGAAACUUCUUGAAAAUUUCUCGAGAUAAAGUUAUGGUGGCUCAAAAAAUUAUCUGAAAAUUUGAAAUUUGAAAUUUGACGACUUGUCAAUGUCACAGCGACUGGAAACUAAUUUUUAUGUAGUCACCGUCGAAUUUUGGGUAAACAAGUUAAAUAUCUUGGGGUUUCAACUCGAUUUAGGCACUUUAAAAAAAGAUUUGAAAACUCAAGAUAUUUAACUUGUAAAACCAAAUUAGACGGUGACUUCAAAAAAAAAAGAAGUUUCAUGCGGAUGCAACAUUGACAAGUCGGUCAAAUUUCAAAUUUUAACCACCUUUAGGUCAUUUUUUGAACCGCCAUAACUUUUUUUGAGAAGUUUUCAAGAAGUUUUAUUAAGAAAUUCGGAGUUUUCAGACAAUUUUAAGUCUAAUAAGGCAAUGAAAAAAUUCGACUACACCACCUUUAAUGCCAUUUUCAGCCUGAGCUGCUAGUAGAUAUGACCCGCGAUGUGUCGCCUGCUAGUAGAUUCUUAUAAAUACGAUGUCCUCUUUUUUUCAGUUUGAGUUAUUUGUGUGGAAUAAAAUAUUCAAUGCAAUAUUUUGAGCAGUUCAGAGAAAACAGAAUUGUGCAAAAAGGUUUAAGAAAUGACAAAAUGUUCCAGACUGUAAUAGCAACAAUCAAUCGUAUACAAAACUUUCGGAAAAUUAAAAAAAUGAGCAGCCGACGAAAUCAAGGAACACCAAGAACUAGAUUAUCUUAUGGUAUCUGCUGGCAGCGGCAAAAAAUUGCUUCGACGCUUGACCCAUUUUUCGGUUCAAGUUUGCACAAGAAUAUUCUAGAAGCUUGUGAUUGAUGAAAUAAGAAUUUUUUUACGUGGUGAAAUAUUUUUUAAAUUAUUUCCAAAGCCUGGAAAAAGUAUAAAAAAAAGUAAAACCAAUUGAUUUAAAAACGUGAAAUAUCUAGAGCUUGAAUUUCCAUUUCAAAAAACUUGUAUCACAAGUUGGCGAAACUUGGGCAAAAGUUGGAUUCAGAUUGUACCAAAGUUUGACCCAAGUUUUACCCAACUCUUGCCAAACUUUGGCUCAAACUUUUCUUGUUUCUUUUCAAACUUGGGCAGAAAUGAAAUUGGGCAUUAAACAAGGUUUCGGGUAUGAUAAAAAGUACGGUCUGAUAUUGUCACAAGCCGCGUAAUGGGUCUCGCUAUUUUUUUCUGCGUCUUUUCAUCAAAGAUGUUCUCUCGCUGAUCCUUUUCCAGAUUUGGUUGCUAUGCGACACUGCUCAAAAACCAGAACUCUAAGUUUUUUUUUCUGCUUAUGUCGACGUGUUCUAACAGAGUUUAACCCUUUAACCAAAGAGACUCAAACACUUUUUCGAAAAAGUUUCACUCUCAUAUCUCUCACAGCUGCUUUAUAAUUCUUUCUCGUGUUGUUGACACUGGUCUAUCGCUCAAUAUAUCCCUCAACAAUUUAGUUUGAACGCGCAUUUGAUUGUUUCCAAUUCGUUUGAAAAUUGACCAAUAAGCCUAUAUUCACAUUUUCCAAACUUAUUCGAUCUAGAAUUUAUAUGGGAAACAAUAUUAUUAAAUUGAACGUGGGUGGAAAGGAGUUCUCCACUACUGAAGCGACUCUCACUAAGUUCGAGGGAUAUUUCAAGCAGAAAUUAAAGACUCGUGGAAAGAUUUGGCAAACUACUCUAUUCAUUGACCGCUCCCCAACACAUUUUGAGAUAAUAUUAAAUUUCAUGAGAGAUGGGAAGGUGGAUCUUCCAGAAACUCUUAAAGAACUGAUGCCAAUAUUCCGGGAGACGGAGUACUAUACGUUGGCCAGUUUAGUUGAACAAUGUGGAGGAGCAAUUGCAAGUUUGGGUGGUGGCCCGGAAUUUGAUAAGUUUCGAGGAAUUAUUCCAACUGAAGCUGUUGUUUCAAUCAAUAACAGUGACGUUGACAAUAAUCAAGUAGAAGUUGGAAACUACUACGUGAAUUAUAUCAGAGCGGCAACAUAUGAUAGAUUUAUGAAAUGGAAAAACUCCUCAAAGACGGAGCAAUAUGCUGAGCAGGAAGAUACCCCUUCGACAAUGUUUUGGAAAAUUGUUUUAAUACUAUGUAUUUACAUUUUAUGUGAAUAUUUAGUGCAAAAAUUUAGACCACAAAAAUCUCGGCAACAAAAAUUAUUUAUUUAAAAAAGUAGAUCGUCUCUGCUUUUUAACAAAUUUUUUUUAAUAUCAAUAGAAAAUUCAAAAAAAAUUCAAAACCGAAAAAACAAUUACAAAAUAAAAAAACCGACCUUUUCGAAAAAAAAAACAUAAGAAAUCAGUAAAAAGUAUCAUUUACUCCUUCCCUGAUGUAUCUCUUUUUCACAUUUUUACAUGUAUCUUCAUAUUCCCGUUGGUUUUUUUACUGUGCUCCCCCUCAUCUUUUGAUCUCAAUCCUAAAUUAUAUUCUUAAUGUUAAU